UCGAAGUUUUCUUUUUUCAAAUAUAGUGUAAAAUGUAUUCUUCCGGUAGUGAAGAAGAGGACCUCACCGAUUUAGAACACCAAGCCAAUGGCAGUGGUUCUGAUUCAGAACAGCAGCAGGAUGCCCUCAGUGACGAGCAGUCUGAAAGUGAUAACGAGAAAUCCGACCAAGCUAAUGGCGAAGAUGAUCCAGACUCAGAGACAAAAUCCUGGGAAGACAUGGGUCUAAUUGAUACGCUUUGCGAGGCGUGCCGAGCGCUAAAAUGGAAAGCACCAUCCAAAAUUCAGCGGGAAUCGAUUCCACUGGCACUGCAGGGAAAAGACAUCAUCGGCUUGGCUGAAACCGGUUCCGGUAAGACAGGCGCCUUUGCAUUGCCGAUUCUACAAGCUCUACUGGACAAUCCGCAGCGUUAUUUUGCGGUCGUUUUGACACCAACCAGAGAGCUGGCGUAUCAAAUAUCCGAACAGUUUGAAGCUCUCGGGGUAUCGAUCGGAGUAAAGUGCUGUGUUGUCGUUGGAGGUAUGGAUAUGGUCUCGCAAGCCUUGCAGCUAGCCCGUAAACCGCACAUUAUUAUCGCUACGCCGGGUCGUUUGGUGGAUCAUUUGGAGAACACCAAGGGAUUCAAUCUGAAAGCGGUUAAAUAUUUAGUUAUGGACGAAGCGGAUCGUAUUUUGAACUUGGAUUUUGAAGUCGAGCUAGAUAAGAUAUUGAAGGUCAUGCCACGGGAGAGAAGAACAUUUUUGUUCAGUGCGACGAUGACGAAAAAGGUGAAAAAGUUGGAACGAGCCUCGCUGAAAGAUCCAGUGAAGGUUGAAGUUUCCAGCAAAUAUCAAACAGUGGAGAAAUUGUUACAAUAUUAUGUGUUUAUACCGGCAAAGUAUAAGGACGUCUAUCUGGUUCACAUUUUAAAUGAGCUUGCUGGUAACAGUUUUAUGAUAUUCUGCAGCACCUGUAAUAACACCGUUCGAACGGCGCUUAUGCUUCGUGCUCUUGGACUAGGUGCUGUUCCAUUACAUGGUCAAAUGUCACAGAAUAAUCGCCUUGCAGCGCUGAACAAGUUUAAGGGCAAAAACCGCCAAAUUCUCAUUUCAACUGAUGUCGCUUCUCGUGGUCUGGACAUACCGCAUGUAGAUGUUGUGCUUAAUUUUGACAUUCCGACACACAGCAAGGACUACAUUCAUCGGGUUGGACGAACGGCUCGUGCCGGUCGAGCUGGUAAAGCUGUAACAUUCGUAACGCAGUACGACGUAGAGUUGUACCAACGGAUCGAACAUUUGCUGGGCAAAAAGUUGCCGCUUUUCAAAUGCGAGGAAGACGAAGUGAUGGCCCUGCAGGAGAGGGUCAGCGAAGCUCAGCGUACCGCACGGCUUGAGCUGAAGGAUAUCGAGGAACGAAAGGGCAGCAAACGGAAAGGCCCCGGCGGGCGAGGCAACGAUUCGGACGACGAUGAUACGGAGCAGUUCAGUGGAGCCCGCAAAAGAAUUAAGCAGGGUGGGAAAAAUAAAGGAAAAGGAAAAUUCAAGAAUAAAAAGUAGG